UCCGAUGCGCGGUCCCCGCCGCCUUCUUCAAGUUGCGGACUCUCAGACAGUCGGCGUGGACUGUAGGCGGGAGGCGGACUCGCGGGACGCGCCGCCCCGGGGGAGCCCACGUGCCGGGCGCGGGCGGUUGAAACGGUUCUCCGGCGCGGGGCUGGGUAGAGGUCCCUGGCCAGUUGAUUGUGGACAGCAUCACUUUGCCCUCCUGUCCGCUGGUAGGACCUUCCUCUCCAGCAGCCCCUCCCCCACAGGAUCACAAGGCCUCAGGUCAAGAAUUUUCAUCUGUUUUGGGUAGAGCAAAAAACAUUUACUAAAAUGGUAUUUUUUACAUGCAAUGCAUGUGGUGAAUCAGUGAAGAAAGGGCAAGUGGAAAAACAUGUGAACAUUUGCAAAAACUGUCAGUGCCUUUCUUGCAUUGACUGUGGCAAAGACUUCUGGGGUGAUGAAUACAAAAAACAUGUGAAGUGUAUCAGCGAAGAUCAGAAAUAUGGUGGCAAAGGUUAUGAAGCCAAAACCAACAAAGGAGAUGUUAAACAGCAAGAAUGGAUUCAGAAGAUUCAUGAAGUAAUGAAGAAACCCAGUAUUAGCCCCAAAUUGCGGGAGAUUUUAGAAAAAGUUAGUGGUUUUGACAAUAUUCCAAGAAAAAAGGCCAAGUUUCAGAACUGGAUGAAGAACAGUUUAAGAAUUUAUAACGACUCUCUUCAGGAACAGGUGUGGGAUAUCUUUUCUGAAGCGACCAGAAAUGGACCAAAUAUAAAUGAACAAGAGAAACAGCCCCUCAACCAAGUGGAAAAUCAACAUUCGGAAAACAAAGUUAAGACACCCCCCACUGAAGUCAGUGAGAAAACAGUCGGACAACCAGAGGUGAAGAAGAACAAAAGAGAACGCAAGGAAGAGCGACAGAAGAACAGGAAAAAAGAAAAGAAAGAGCUGAAGUUGGAAAACCAUCAAGAAAAUUCAAGUGAUCAGAAAUCCAAAAAGCGCAAGAGGGACCAGGAAGAAGAACUUGAUACCCAAAAGGAAGAAAAUCCAGAGAUUAGCAACACAGAAAAAAAGAAAAAUAAGAAGAAAAAAAACAAGAAGGAAUGUGCAACAGAAUCAGAAGUGAAUGGAAAUGGGAAUCACGUUGAAAUGACGGCAGAGGAAGAGACGAAAGUACCUGCAGAAAAAAGGAAACGUAAACAUUCAGAAGAAGCAGCUGAUUCUAAGAAGAAAAAAAUAAAACACACAGAAGACACUAAUGUGGAGACUGAAGAGUGUGAAACACCUAUAAAAGGGAAAUUCAACUGGAAAGGAACUAUCAAAGCUGUUCUGAAACAAGCCCCCGACAAUGAAAUAGCAAUUAAAAAGUUAAGGAAAAAGGUUUUAGCACAGUACUAUGCAGUGACGAAUGAACACCACAAAUCUGAAGAGGAGCUGCUAGUCACCUUUAACAAGAAGAUCAGCAAGAACCCCACCUUUAAGAUCUUAAAGGAAAAAGUAAAACUUUUGAAAUGAACAUUUUCCUAUUCCUGACUUCUGCUUGCUGCCACCAUCCAUCACUAUUUGUAAAACAGAGAAUUCGACAGCCACUUGGAUUUUGUAGUGGUGUUUUUUAAACGUUAAGGAAAAUGUUUAUUUUUGGUAGAGCUUUUAACUGAAAAUAAAGGUAAUUGCCUACUAUUCCAAACUUAUGAUACAGAAAAUUACUGGAGUUGAGAAAGUAUGAAUUUAUUUAUUAGAAUAUACAGAUACCUUGGCAGCAGUUAAACACAGAAACAUUGACAUGUCAUUCCUUAUACAGUGAGUUGGGAAUGUUAAUUAAAUUUAAUUGAAGUACAUUUUAAUCCUUUGUAAGCAUUUUUAAUCUAGCAGGAAUUCUAUGUGACUUUGGUGGUGGUGGUGGUAGUGGUUGUUUUAUUUUUUCUAUGUAUGUGUAUGAGGGAGUUGCAGAAUUUCUUCUAGGAGUGACAAGAAUAUAUUGUUUGUAUAUUUGAAGGGAUGCCUACCCACCAUCAGUAGAAUACUCUAGAUUAUUAUUUCCAUCAGUGUUGGUGGGUUUGUGCUCACCCAUCCAUGUACUUACUCUUCAUCUACCUUAAGAUCUAGGGUAUAGAUUUAAGAGAUGAUUGGACGGGCUUAGAUGUGAAGGUUAAUGGCCCAUUUGGGAUUGAUUCUAUGACCUUUGCAUCAUUUCUCAGCUGACAUGCCAAGACUUUUAUUCACUCUCGAGGUAGAGAAGGGAGGGGAUUCUAGCUCUGUUGUUGGAGGUUAUGGGUAUGUGUGGCCUCUCACAUUCACUGGGUGUCAGCACCACUUGCAUCUGCCAGUACUUCAGAGAGAGAUUCCACUUUAAACUGUUCUCAGCUGACUUAGUAAAUGGCUGAUUGAUAUCCAGUCAGAACCAAAAUGGGGCACCCAGUACUGAAAUGAGUUGUUAGGCAGGAGGGGAAAAGAGUGCUAGUAACAAAAUUUGGAAAGUUCAGGGGAUGAGCUUUUAUCUACUUUACACUGAGACCCUCAGGAAUAUCUCAUGCUUCAAAAACCAGUGGAGAUAACCAGAAACUGAAAGUAACAGCUAAAAGGAGGCUCUAAAAUCUAUAUGACUCUCUAAUUUAUUACCAUAUUAGUAUA